CCGCCUCCAGAAGCGGAAGCGGCCGUGCCGCGUGGGGCUGGCUGCGGCCGCCGCUCCCGGACGUCCGUCGGUCUUUGCGUUGGUCGAGAUCGUAGCCAUGGCCGUCCGCGCUAGCUUCGAGAACAACAACGAGUUAGGCUGCUUCGCCAAGCUCACCAAUGCCUACUGCCUGGUGGCUAUCGGCGGCUCCGAGAACUUCUACAGCGUCUUCGAGGGGGAGCUCUUCGGGACCAUCCCGGUGGUGCACGCCUCCAUCGCCGGCUGCCGCAUCAUCGGCAGGAUGUGUGUGGGGAACAGGCAUGGACUGUUGGUCCCGAGCAGUACAACAGACCAAGAGCUUCAGCACAUCCGCAAUAGCCUUCCAGAUUCUGUCCGAAUUCAGCGAGUGGAGGAGCGUCUCUCAGCACUGGGCAACGUCACUACCUGCAAUGACUACGUAGCUCUUGUUCAUCCUGAUCUGGACAGGGAAACUGAAGAGAUCUUGGCAGAUGUACUAAAGGUUGAAGUUUUCAGACAAACGGUAGCAGAUCAGGUGCUGGUGGGAAGUUACUGUGUAUUUAGUAACCAAGGAGGAAUUGUGCACCCCAAAACUUCCAUCGAGGAUCAGGAUGAACUGUCUUCAUUGCUUCAGGUCCCACUCGUGGCUGGAACAGUAAACCGUGGCAGUGAGGUCAUUGGAGCAGGCAUGGUUGUAAAUGACUGGUGUGCCUUCUGUGGGCUGGACACAACCAGCACUGAGCUCUCUGUCAUUGAGAGCAUCUUCAAGCUGAAUGAAGCUCAGCCAAGUACUAUUGCUACCAGCAUGAGAGAUUCCUUGAUUGACAGCUUGGCAUGAGCAGUGUCAGUUCAUGCCGUUCAAGAAGCUCCUAAGGAGCCGAAGAGUCAAGCUGCAGUUUGGAUUACAGACCUCUAGACCUUUGUUUCUGCAGGACUAGCACCAGGAAGAGGCUCCCGAAAAACCAUCUUUUUUGUAAUGUUUUGUAAACUAAAUAUUAUUGCGAAAAAUGGCAAAUAACAUACAUAAGUUCCAAAUAUGGAAUGUUCUCUAUCCCUUUGCUGAUGUUCUUCAUUCCUUCUUCAGCUGUGCUUUCUUUGUGAUGCUGACUGAGGCCUUUAAAUUAGCCCACAAUAUUCACUCGUUUGGAUUUUGGUUACUGAUAACUAGAAAAUUGUUUUGCCUUAAAUAGAGGAUUAAUAUUCUGCUCUGCAGCAGGCUGUUUCAGCACGCAUAUGGUGCUGCCCUCUCUGUCUUUUCAUACUCUUGGUGUUUCUGCUGUAGGUGGGCAUAAGAGCCCCUGUAUUUCCUAUACCAAAAACACAGUAGUUAACUUGCCAGAAAAAAAAAAUUCAGAAGGCAUCACCUGGAGUCCUGCCCUGACUUGCAGCUCUUCUCAGGGGGCUGCUGAUUCUGAAAUGAUCGGCUCUGACUGAAAAUGGAGUUUCUCAAAGAAGUCAGUCCAGAGACUUAACAGCCAGUUGUGACUGCCUCCAGAACAAUGGAAUUCGAUCUGUUGUCUGCAGAUGUCAGACCUGUGUGGUACUUCUGAGACAUCUGCAGAAGAUCCUUGAAAAACAUGCAGUUGCUGGUAGGCUUAAAUGUUCUCUACGGGAGUUGGCCGCCUUCCCUGAGAAACUCUUAGAAGUCAGCAAAUCAGAAAGGGUUGAACCAUGUGAUCUUGAGUUACCCUGGAGGCAAAGGUUAAUUAACACGGUUCUAAAUGGUUACUGUAUUCAGUUGUACUUUCCACGUUUGCGAGCUUGCUGUUGAAGAGUUCUGCCCUUGCCUGGCAGUAACGGUGAUGCAAAGGAAAUGUAGAGCUAACAAUUUCUGGCAUUUAUGGCUCCCUUGAUGUAGUGGACAGCCUUUCUUGACUGACUCCGUGUCUCCUCCUCCAUGUCAGUGUUUAGCUUCAGAAGCUGAUUGCCUUUUGUUAACUCACAGGGCUCUCUUAUUAGGACUAUAUGGUAAAGGGCCUGACUGCUGCUGUGGCUGUUGGCGUGGGAUCACCCACUGUAAAUAAGUAAGGCUGAGCAUUUCUUGUGCAGCUUCUUGUGUUUGUUUUUUUUUCCUUCCUCAUUCCAAUCAUUAGGCAGAAAUCCUAGUUUGUAUUAGUGAUCUUGGUAUGCAUUAGAAUUGCUUAAAUAAGAAAAAUAAUCCAGUUUCUGUGAAAUCCAAAUCCAUAAAUAAGAAAGACACUGAGACAGUGGUGGGAGGUGAUAAUAUGCCAAAGAGUGUUGGAGACAAACAGAAGAAUUGGGCAUUGCUAACUAUGGUGUGUGACCUCCUAUGAAACUUGCACUGAAACGUGGGAGCUGGGAGGUGGCAAAUACAGUAUCAGUUCUAAACAAAGGGUUUGUGGGAAUUCUGAACUGGGAAGGUGGACCUGUGUGCAAAGAAAAUUAACAGAAGCUGUAAUACAGAAUUAAGUUAGUAGAAACAUCAUGAGACAGCAAUAAACUUGAUGCUUUAAUUGCAAGUCAUGUCUCACAAGGCCUGUGGAGUAAUUUAAAGAAGUUUGGUUGUAAUCUAUCUGAAUUUCCAAAAAGGCAUUUGGCAGGGUUUUGUGCCAAAGGCUUUUAAGGACCCUGGAUAAUCGUAUGAGAAGGAGGCUCAUUUAUGUGCUGGAGGAUGGGGGAAAAAAGUCAGAGUAAAUGGUUGGAUCUUUCACUGGGAUUCCAUGGGCAGCUCAGCUGUGUCCCAUUGGGGCAAGGCAGUGGAUUAGUGCAGUGAAGUUUGCUCAGGCUGCCUCGUUCUCGCUUGUAAGGAUGAGAACUGACUGACGUGUUGGUGGGAAGGUGUGAGAUAGGAGAUCCUCAUGAGGCUUAAUGACUUCAUUAUAAAGCAGAAACAACUAGUCCUCCACUCUUGUGGGGGAUCACUUCUGUUCUGACUAGUGGUUGGUAUGUCCCAGCAUACUUAAACUUACCUGGAGAAAUGCACCUACUUUAUUGGUGAUCAGAUUAUUCACGCUAGUCAAAAACAAAUAAAUACAGAACGCUGAGUGCAAAAUAAGAGUACGUAAUGGGCUGCUCUCUGCCAGAGCUGCAACUGCUGUGCUUCAGGUGGGUGUGCCAGGACACCCCUCUUGCUGCCCAAAUGGCCCAUAGUGCAGGGCAGUGUGUGUCGUGCCAGGAACACGCUUAGAAGAGCCCCUUGGGUGUGGGAUUAGAGUCAGGUAAGCGCUGAUGUUCCCUGCUCCCCUGUGGUGGCACUAUGUCCUGGUGCUGUGUUUCUGGACACGAACUAGAACGUGGCCACCUGUCCAUGGAGAUGCUUUACCCACGCUGAUGGGAGACAUGCUGGGUCAGUGCUCGGGUGAUGUGCUUGUGUAGCAUCAGACAGGAGCCCAGCAAAGAGCUUGGAUGUGGGAAUCUAAGGAACCGUGCCUCACAUGAAUAUCUGCAACUGGAUCCAGGUCACUCUAGGAUUGCACAAGUGUUAAUCUAAAUCAGAGCAUAAUUAACUGGCUCGUACCUGGGGAGUAAGCGGGCCAACUGCUCACCGUCCUGCCUUGCCCCCCUCCGAGUGCCGACACUUCUAACUGUCGAGGGCUGAAUUUCUCACCAAUUGAAGCAUCUGCAGAAAUACCUUAUGCCUCCAGAAAGGACAGACGUACGUAACAUUUACCUGCACCUCAAAGGUGAGCAUGCACUAGGAGUCAAUUACAAGGUAGUUAUAAAAGGUACCAAACUAUUUCUCCAGUUCCUUGAAGCAGCAGCUCCUUGAGGACGUUGAGUUCUGGCACUGUGGGGCAGGCUUACCUUACUGCAGCAGGCACUGCUCUGCUUUGCAGCUGUGUGAGCAAACAGCUGAGCUUCCUACGCAUCCUGACACCGUGCCCCUUGCACAGCUUGUCACUCAGCACGAAGUCCUGAAGGAAACCAAAGCCAACCUUUGGGCAGGAGGGAAAAAACCCAAAUGAACAGAAGCAGACAUUUCUUCAGGUUGUAAAUUUUUUUUUUGUUUGUUUUUUAAUGAUGGCUGUUGGAAGUUGCUCAAAGGUUCGGGCUGUCACAGUCCCAGAGGAGAUGGCAGCGUACAGAUGAGUUCGAUGUGCCAUGUGGCUGUGGCAUUCAUAGUGUGCAUUCUACCACAUAUACAGUACACAUAGCAACUUACGGAGCAGCGUGUAUGGGGGGUGUCUAAUUAGUAGCUCUGAUUUCAUUUGGUCCUUUGCACUCCUUCACCCAUCAUAAGACAUUACCACAUUUUUUCACUAAAAUUCAGUUUUGCAUCUACUAGCUUCUCACUUAUCUCAUAAUAUCUUUGUAAUACUUUUUAUGCUUAAACACAAUAAACAAUGUGGCUAUGGAAAUUAAUCAUGAAAGGCAAAAUACAGUUGGAGACUACAUGUUAUGCAGUCCUAGUGGGCUUCACUAAGAAAUACCUAUUGGUCUAUCUGGCUUCACCAUAGCAAUAUUUGAGCACUAGUUAGAAAUUCAGAACGCGAACAAUCUUUCUGCUUUUUCAUUCCUCAUCAUUGUAAUUACAAAUAUUUAUAGCAUGUUUGUCAAGAAAAUAAAAAUCCUUGGAUUAUUUUUUUUUCCACA